UGUAUACUACUCUAGAUGCUCAGAGCAAGGAGCGAGGAGUGUGCAAAAGAGAGAGAGAGAGAGAGAGAGAGAGAGAGAGAGAGAGAGAGAGAGAGAGAGAGAGAGAGAGAGAGAGAGAGAGAGAGAGUGAGCGAGCGAGCGAGAGAGCGAGUGAGAGCAGGCGAGGAGGAGAGGUGGAGGGAAUACUGUUGGAUUGGAUUUGGAUACAACUGGAAAACUACCAAGCGCGCACAGCACGCAUCGAGCGGAAGGCACAUUGACGGGUGCGCAGCCAACAUUUCACCGACUCCCCGUCCCCUGCGAUCGGAUUCAGGCGAGAAUGGAACUGCCUGCCGCCGGAGAGCACGUCUUUGCGGUGGAGGGCAUCGAAAAGAAGCGCGUCCGCAAGGGCAAAAUAGAGUACCUGGUCAAGUGGCGAGGCUGGUCCCCGAAAUACAACACAUGGGAACCAGAGGAAAACAUCCUUGACCCGCGUCUCCUCGUCGCGUUUCAACACAGGGAGAGGCAGGAGCAGCUGAUGGGAUAUCGCAAACGGGGGCCGAAACCAAAACAUCUUUUGCUGCAGGUUCCCUCGUUUGCCAGAAGGUCCAGUAUCCCAGCAGGUUUUGAGGAAUCAUCUCAGCAUUCAGAGGGUAGCCUCAAGUCUGAUCCAAUCCAGGUCCAGCGCUGCCAGCCUCAACAGUACCAGCUGAACAGCAAGAAGCACCACCAGUACCAGCCAAGCAGCCAGGAGGUCCCCCCUGAUCAGCUUCACAACGGCAAAAAGAAGUUCAUCUACCAGCUCAACAGCAAGAAGCACCACCACUACGAGCCUGAUCUGAACAUGUACGACGCACAGGCUUCCAGGCUCAAAGAGGUGGUCAAAGUUCAGGAACCGGCCAGUAAACCUGCAAAUCCCGGUUGGAACUUACCGCUGGCCUUGCAGCAGAAAUGGGUCCGUGACAAAGACACUGGUUGCUUGAGUAAAGUCAAAGAGUUGGAAGUGGAGGGGAGGAAACCAACUGUCAAAGAGGCUGAGAGUGAACAUGCACUCAAACCCAAUCCUAAAGAUGCAACCCUGCCCAGUGCUGUGAGCAGCAAAAUGAAGAUAAUCAAGAACAAAAACAAGAAUGGGCGUAUUGUUAUCGUCAUGAGCAAAUACAUGGACAACAACAAAGUUCAUGGAGCAAAGGGUAAACACGGGGAAUCAUCGAGUGAAGAGAAACCCCAAAACACCAAACCAGCGGAGAACAAUCCAGCACACACGACCAAAAUGGUGGAGUACCCGGAGAAUGGUAUCCCCAAAGAGAUCUGUAAUGGCAGCCCGCUCCCUGCUGCAGAGCAUCCGAAAAAGUGUUCCCCAAAGGACAGGCAUUUCUCCAAACCUUCCCCAAGCACAGCUGAGGAAUACAACACAGAAGUAGCUCGCGGUCAGGCUGAUUUACCUGAAGAUCUACCACUUCAGCUGACUGCAAGCUCACCCCAAACAUCCUGGGCUGUUGACACAAACAUCCCCACCCCAACAGCUGUGGACCAGAUCAGGAUCCCUUCUUUUCCCAAUGACCGCAAGAGAAAGAUAUCGGAUACCACUGAGGACAGGAGUGUUUGUAAAACCUACCUGACUUCCAGAAGCUUCAGUGCUCCCAGCACUGUGGUCACACCACCUCAGGACUCACCUAUGGACCUCCAUUGUAGUGGCCCGCGUCACAGCAGUACUUGUACAUUUGAGGUUUUGGACUCUGGCAGCCAAGAGGAGCCGAUGGAUCUUAGCUGCCCAAAGACUAAGAAGCAGGUGGAGCAUGAAAUACAGCCAGAGCCUGUAACUGUUGAGGAAAACACACACCCUGUUAUGGAAGAGAUGACAAAAACCACAGAGAAAGCUAAGGAAGCACCUGUUAAAAAACCCUCUCCCUUUAUGGGAAACAUCAUAAUAACUGACAUCACAACAAACAGUCUCACCGUCACCUUCAAGGAAUAUGUUUCCUUCUGAGAAACUUGAGUAAAUUUGGACUCCCAGCGACCAAUUGGAUGAUCCUGUUAAUAUGUACAUAUGUAAAAACAUCAGAAUUUUGUAUAUGUGGAAAUUUAUAAUUUAUCAUUGAAAUUCAAUAUGUUUCUUAAAGUGUUUUAUACUGUAACUCCUCCUCUGUGACGUAGCCAAGAAAGUGCCCUCGAGGAUUUAAGCGAAUGCAUUCUUGAGGAUGUAUUCCACUUAGAAAAAAAAAUGUCGUUUCAUACCUGUACAAAACUUAUAACCUGAGAUGUAUGAAGGUUUAUACAUAUUUUGUAUAAAAAAAUAUCACUUAUUUUGGUCCUGAUAGAAGGAGAGAGGAAGCUGUUGCAUAUAUGGUGAUCAAAGAUCAAAUUGAAAAGCACUUAAAUUACAUUGUUAUUUGUUGCUUUGUGCCAUUAUUUAGUGGAGAAACAGCUGUUCACUUAAAAGUGGAGAUGAAACAGCAUUUUUUAGAGCUAGCAUCCAUGUUGUGACACAGAGUGAAACAGGAGAGGCAAGAUGGAAAAUGUUUGGAGGAAUUUGAAUGGGAAAGCUGAAGACACAGACAAACCAUGCUUAGCUAGCUAGCUAACUAAUGAAUCUUAGCCCUGUGCUGCUAACCGUUAAAAAUGUAUUGUUGAGUGGAUGUCAAGAUAUUGAAAUUUGUUGGCUCAAGCUUACCAAAGCACAUGUCAUAUUUCGUUUAACAUAAUUGAAAGAUGAUUCGAUUUUGAUAAAUGAGCCGUGGAUGUGAUCUAAAAGGAUUGAAAUGUUUGUUUUGUUUCCAUGUAUCUCCUCUGAAGUCUUAUUUUACUGAUUUUCACUCCACACAGACAGAUCCUCAGACUGAGUUGGUAUAAUCUGUUGCAUGUUUAGCAAGUGGUUUUCAGAAGACAAUAUUCCUAUCAAUGACUUGCAAAUUUAUGAAGCAGGUGUGUCUUACUGCACAGUAAACAGUGUGUAAAACGUUGAAUAGUUGACAAAUGUCCCAGGCUUUUCCUUUCACACAUGUUUGUCCUGCCAUUGAGAUGACACGUAACAUCAGUGAACAUGCAGUUGCAGCCGGAUCUGUCGUUAUAUUUCGCAUUUCACCUCCAGCAGACAUUUAUCAGGAUAAAAUAUGACACGUUUUUCCGCAAAAAUCCAUUACCAUUAAGAAACUGGUGUCAUUUAUCAAACCUGUGACUUCAUGUUAGGGCUACUUAUUGAUUCCUGACUUAAUUAGUUUGAUUGAUAACCCUAAUGUUGACCUCCUUUACUGUUGUCUUUAGAAACACAUGCUAGUCACCUUGUGUCAUGCAGAUUAGCAACUCAUCUCAUUUUGUUUUUGAUUAUAAUGAUUCAAAAAAACACAAUACUGCUUUUUUGCUUUAGGUGAAGCUACUAGAGUCAUUAUUGAGUAAGUUAUGCAGAUUAAAUGUGAGUUGCGAGGCUGGUUUUGUGUACACUGUUACUGGCAAUCCAAUCAGUGCAAGCUGUUUUGAUUAUGCUGCUGAAAACUCAAAUGUCAGAGCUGUUGGAUGUAAAGUAACAUUUGAGCCUAAAUUGCCUUCCAUGCACAAUUAAUGCAAAACCAGAGCGAAUGCUAAAAUGUUAUAAUGAUUAAAAUGAAGAGUGCAUAUUUAUUAAUGUUCAAAUUGUGCAAAAUCAACAAUGUUUGCUGCAUCAGAAGCUGAAAGUGAUUCCAUUGGACAGCUUGUUCUUUUUGUAUGUUUGCUUUUUAGUUCUCUAACUUUUUGUGUUGUUUGUUUUUUCUUGCACUUGGUUUAAAGUUGAAAAGAUUGUUAUCAAGUUUGUUCUACCAUGAGUUGAUCUACUUACUGCUGUUGGUACAGCUUAUUGGAUGGUAUGUUUCACACCAAUAAAGAAACAGAAAUGACCUCUGACAUGUUGUUUUUCAUAUUUGGUGUACAUUCUGUUUGAGGAGAUCAAUACUCUUUCGCUUUACUUCACGUGCAAACGUUUCAUUGUUUUUCCAGUGCUCUAGUGAAGUAUGUAUGUAUCAUUGUUGUUCUGAGGCCUUUGUGCUCACACAGGGAAAUAAUGGAACAAUAAACACAUGAAACACUAA